GACGCAUCAUCAGAGCUGACGUGGGCUCUACGUGUGCAGCGAGUCGGGCUUCCACUCCACCCGUAACGAGUGACGAGACUCUACGUAAAACUCUGGCCGUUCGCCAUGGAAACUGCAACCGUAGCGCAACAGGAAGCCAGUGCAACUGAGAAAGCAACAAGUCAGGUAAAUGAGGGAGUGUCUGUGGUUUCAUUACCUGAUGGACAGACACUACAGCUGCAAGGGGUCAUUCAGACGACACAGCCCUCCGUCAUACAAUCGCCUCAGAUACAAACUGUACAGGUAGCUGCUGAUACUGGUGGUCCAGGAACAACACCAUCAGAUCCUCUAAAGAGGAGAGAGAUUCUGUCCAGACGACCGUCGUAUAGGAAAAUCUUUAAUGAGCUGUCGUCAGAUGCACGGGUCGAGCCAAAGAUUGACGAAGAGGAGAAAGUAGAGGAAGAAGCUCCGCCCACCUCCAGUAUUGCUAUGGUGACAACUCCAUCUUCAAUCUACCAGACCAGCUCAGGACAGUACAUUGCAAUCACUCAGGGUGGAGCGAUCCAGCUGGCUGGCCCUGGAGGAGAGGCUUUACAAGGGGUUCAGGCUCUGACUCUCCCCAGCCCCGCCACACCUCAACCCGGGGCCACCAUCCUGCAGUAUGGAGCCCAGCCUGGAGACCACGGCCAACAGCUGCUGCUGACAGCUGGACAGGUGCUCGUUCAGGCUGCCACAGGAGACAUGCCAGCAUAUCAGAUCCGCUCGCCGUCGUCAGGGCUGCCACCAGGCGUUGUCAUGGCAUCGUCACCGGGGGCGAUGCACAGCCCGCAACCCAACGCAGAGGAGGCCACACGCAAGAGAGAAGUCCGUCUGAUGAAGAACAGAGAGGCAGCGCGCGAGUGUCGCAGAAAGAAGAAAGAAUACGUGAAGUGUUUGGAGAAUCGUGUCGCCGUGCUGGAAAACCAGAACAAGACUCUCAUAGAGGAGCUGAAAGCCCUCAAAGACAUCUACUGCCACAAGCCUGAAUAACCCUCACAAACACUGCUCAAGGACUGUGUAAUUCACACAAUACCCGUCUCCUCACUUCUACUGCUGCAACGCCUGGAUUUUAUCGCUUCGUUCGUUCGUUUGUUUGGCCAAAUGUUUUUAUAAGAAGUUGCAAACGUUGCUUUGAGGAUGCCGAGGUCUACUGCUACCUGCAUUUUAUCCUAACACACACAUACAUAUGCAUUUUAAGUUCAUGUGUCCACAAAAGCGUUUCUCGCCAGCUAAAAAUGCUCAGAUUUGAGUGCUUGAAUAUGAUUAUAAUAUGAUUAAUUUUUUAAAUUUUGACCUAUACUGCAGCCAGCCACCAGGGGGUGCUUAAAAUGAUUUGGAUUCACUUUUUCUUGGAGCCACGCUUAAAUUCAACCCAGGCUCAUUCUGAUUACGUACCCCUAUAUACAUUUCUGGAGAGCGCAAAAUACAUCCCAGGAGCUACGUUUUUUUGCAGUUUUUGUUUUCGCAAAUUCACCAGAGGCCGCUGUGUACACUUUUUCAGAUCUCAAAUUUCUCUCGCUUCUGCUUUUCUCGCGUAAAUCCACCAGAAGGCCACUGUCAACUGACUGCCUGACCAACCGACCGAUGCCCCCACCCGCCCCCUUCCCUAAACCCAACCGAUAGUGUUUUAAAAAGCCCCGAUUGACCAGCGCCCACCCACUUUCCUAAACCCAACCCACAGUGUUUCAAAAGCAAUCCAGAAAAAAAAGCUCUUUCAGCAGCCUGAUUUUUACCUCGUUUUCAGAAUUUACCACAUUCUCACCAUGGUAUUUACUUGUUUAUUUUAUUUUUUGGCUUUUGUUUUUGUCUUACCUGCUUUCUGGAACCGUUCUACAUCGAACUCAAACCCCGUUGUCGCGGUCAACUCCUCUUUGAGUUUCAAGUCCACCAAUGUACAUGUUGAGUUACCGGACAAAGCUACUGGUAAGCGAGAAAAGGAUCGGCUUCAUACCGACCCGUAGCGUUCAUUUUAAAGACGAAAUGCAGUCAUACGUACUUCUGGCUGCAUAGUUCUCGAUCUCCAGAAAUGUUGAUCUGGCUACGGUUUCAGAAUGAGCCUAUGUUGCUUAGAUUGGACAGAUGAACAUUGGUUGGAUGCCCAUUUUUUAACUUUUAACUAAAAUUUAAAUAAACAAAGAAAGAAAUCAAAAAUCAAGCAUUUAUUUUAAAACAUAUGCUAGCAUUGGAGGUAAAAACGAUUUGGUGGACAUAUUUACGUAUUAUGGGCGAAUAUUAUUGCUGUUGUCUGUUUGGUUUGUUUUUGUUUAACUGGAACUCUAUUAGUAUUCGUGAAAGCAAGUCUGUUUUUCUAUUUUGAU